CCUGACCCAAUCAGCAUGACCGUUUGUCCAAUCCACGUGGACCAGCGGCCAAUCGGAACUGGGGAGCGUGUGGCCGGGGACGUGGCCGCUGCCGGGUCUCAAGGGCCGGUCCCGGGCGCCCGCAGCGAACGAAGGGCCCGUGAAAGCGCCCGGGGGGCCCGCAGCUCAUUGUUAUUCAUACCCACAAAGCCCCGCGCUGAGCCCGCCAUGGCCUAUCACCAGGGCUACGGGGGGCAAGGCUCCAAGCACCGAGGCCGGGGGCCCCUGGUCCCUCCUGCCCCGGACCCCCACCAGCUUUUCGAUGACACCAGUGCUGGUUUCCCACAUGCACAAGGCACCCCUGCCUCAGGAAUCGACAUGGGCUUCAACACCCUCCUGGCUGACCCAAUGGCUAACGUGGCCGUGGCCUAUGGCUCCUCCAUUGCCAGCCAGAGCAAGGACAUUGUCCACAAGGAGAUCCACAGGUUCAUGUCAGUGAACAGGCUCAAAUAUUUUUUUGCCGUGGACACUGCCUACGUGACCAAGAAGCUGGCACUGCUGCUCUUCCCGUAUGCACACCAGAACUGGGAGGUUCGGUAUAGCAGGGACACACCCCUGACUCCCCGGCAGGACAUCAAUGCACCGGACCUGUACAUCCCCAGCAUGGCCUUUAUCACCUACAUCCUGUUGGCCGGCAUAGCCCUGGGCCUGCAGCAAAGGUUCUCCCCGGAGGUGCUGGGCAUGUGUGCCAGCACUGCCUUUGUGUGGGUCAUUAUCGAAGUCCUCGCCCUGCUCCUGAGUCUGUACCUAGUGACAGUGCAGAGCGACCUCACGCCCUUCGACCUGCUCGCUUACAGUGGGUACAAAUACGUGGGGAUGAUCCUGGCUGUGCUGGGGGGGCUGCUCUUUGGCAGUGAUGGGUACUAUGUGGCCCUUGCCUGGACAUCCUGUGCCCUCAUGUACUUCCUGGCACGGUCCCUGCGAAUGAAGCUGCACCCGUCCCUGGUGCCAGAUGGGAUGGGGCAUCCCAGAGGCGGUGGGCGUGGUCAGACUUAUGUCACCCUGGGGGCUGCUGCCUGCCAGCCACUCAUCGUCUACUGGCUCACCUUCCACCUGGUCCGCUGAGAUGGGGCAGCGUGGCACCCUGGGGGACAGUCCGUCCCAGACACAUGGACUCCUGGGACGCCCCCAGACAUUCAGGCACCCAGGACGCACAUCCUCCAAUGCACAGCUGUCGGGGACCAUACACAACCUGAAGCAUGGACACCUCAGACCCCCAUGUGGGGGCUGGCAGCCAGGACUCCUGGGUUCUAUCCCCAACUGGCUGGGUGACCUGAGGCGCUUCCCUUCUCCUGCCUAUGCCUCAGUUUCACCCUCACUUUGAAGGCGGGAUGAUAACACUAACCUGCCCUCUGGGACUUGCCCAGCCACAUCACCUUGGGUGCAGGGCCCUACCCCCCGCCUCCCUUCUGCUGGUGGGUAUCUGGUCCCCCAGUCCCCUGGGAUGGAAAGUACCCCAAAAAACAGUGUUUCCAGCAUAUCAGUGUUUUCACGGAGAACUCCAUCAAAACCCAACACUUGGGGAGAGGGAAUAAAGAGUCCUGACUAACCAGCAGUCCGUGUGUCAGUGCUAGGCCAUGGUGCUAGGGGGAGCUGUGCAGCAGGGAGUGGUGCAGUGGCCCAGUAGGGGGCACUUUGCCCUUGUAGCCCUGGCCCCAGUGCCCAGGCAUGGUACUAGGCAGGCUGUGCAGCAGGAAACAGGGUGGGGUCUCAGUAGGGGAGCAUUCUACCCUUGCAGGCAUUGUGGACCCCCCCCUACACAGAGCACUAGUACAUUGCCCCUCAAUACCAACCUGACGCCUCUGCAAUUUCUGUCCCAGUCAUAGAAUCAUAGAUUAUAUAUGACAGAAUCAGAGAUACGUAGGGCUGGAAGCGAGAUCUAGACCAACCUGCUGCUCUGAGCAGGGCUGAGUACACCAGGGAUUGUUGGGAUAAUCUAGUCUGACCUCCUAUGUGACACUGGCCUUGGGACUGCCCUGAAUUAAUUCCUGUUUGAACUAGAGCAGAUAUUUUAGAACAAAUCCAGUUUUUGAUUUAAAAAUUGCAAUUGACAGAGAAUCUACCACAAUCCUUAGGAAGUUGUUCUGUAGUUAAUUAUUAAAUUGUUAAGAACAUGUGCCUUA